AUGGGAUCUGCAGUUGAUUGGUCUCAACGUCCCACCUACUCGCCAGAGCAAAUUGGGAAGUACUUUGACCGAAUCAAGUUCCCGACAGAGUCCCGGCAAUCACCAGUCGUCCUGGCAGGUGCGAAUGGUGACAACGAGAGGGCGUUGUCGUUCUUGAAGGUACUUCAGCGCUACCAGGUGGCAGCGGUGCCAUUUGAGAACCUUGAUUUGCAUUACUCGGUACAUCGACAACUUUCCAUAGAUGUGCAAAAGCUUUUUGAGAAAAUCGUGGACGGCACGUCUGAGCGUGGAGGGUACUGCAUGGAAAACAAUACCGUUUUUGGAACGGUACUGCGAAGCCUCGGAUACCAGGUAACCUCAGUCGGAGGGAGGGUGAACGAAGCUGCACAGCCGAUAUCCGCUUCCAAGAACUGGAGGGGCCCCAAAUACGAUGGAUGGAACCACAUGGUCAACCUUGUUACCAUCGGCGAACAGAAGUACCUGGUUGAUGUAGGUUUUGGUUCGAAUGGACCACAUCAGCCCGUCCCAUUAUCUCCGGAUGUCGAAUUUCACAACGUGGGCGAACAAUCUGGGCGCUUGCGUUACGGAUCCAUCACGCAGCAUACCAGCUCAACCCAGCGCCUUUGGCAGUAUGAAAUUCAGAAUAGCGGUGCAGACUGGAUCCCCGCCUAUUGUUUCACUGAAACCGAGUUCAUUCCUGAAGACUUUACCAUGAUGAACUAUUAUAUGAGCACUAGCCGGGACAGCUGGUUUACGUUCUCAGUCGUGUGCGUUCGGAUGCUCUUGGAUGAUACGGGUGAAUCCCUUGUGGGCGACUUGACACUGUUCAACAGCUCGUUGAAGAGGAGGAUUGGAGCCACAGCAGAGCAUAUACAAACGUUCUCCUCCGACGAGGAGCGCGUUGCGGCAUUGGCGAAAACAUUCAACAUCCACAUCGGUUUGGCUGAUCGAGAGAGCAUCCGUCGCACCAUUUCGGAGAUUCUCUAG